GCGGCGGCGGUGGCGGUGGCGGCGGCGGUGGCGCCUCCUGGAACCGGCGCGAGUCCAGCCCCGGCGGCGGGACCCGGGUCUUGACACGCCCUGCCUGGGCCAAAGCGCACGGAGGAUGGAAACGUGCGCUCAGCCAUGUCUCUGGGCCGCCUCCUUCGCAGGGCCUCCUCCAAGGCCUCGGACCUCCUGACCCUCACCACAGGGGGCAGUGGCGGGUCCCCCUCCAUCCUGGAUGGAGAGAUCAUCUACUCCAAGAACAAUGUCUGCGUGCAUGCACCCGAGGGGCUGCAGGGUCCUGGGGAGCACCACCCAGGGUACCUGUGCCUGUACAUGGAGAAGGAUGAGCUGCUGGGGGCUACCCUCAUCUUGGCAUGGGUCCCCAACUCUCGCAUCCAGAAGCAAGACGAGGAGGCCCUACGCUACAUCACUCCCGAGAGCUCCCCUGUGCGCAAGGCACCGCGACCUCGGCGGCGGCGCACCACGAGCCUGGGAGCCCCCUACCAGCCCUCUCCCACAGAGCCAAGGCCUCUGCUGACCCCCAAGGAUGAGGACAUCCUGGUGGUCCAGAACACCCAGGGAACUGUGCAUGUCAGCCCUACAUCUGAGGAUGGGGAGAAGCUGGUGCAGGGCCCGGAGCUGGAUGGGCCCCUGCCCACUUCACAACCUGUCCACAGCGACUCUGGGAUCCUGUCUACUGUCAGCUCACAGGAUGGGACAGAGGAUGGCCGGGAGGCACGGCCCGAAGCCGUGGAGGAAGAGGGCUCCUUGGAGUUGUCAGCUGAUGGUGUGAGCAGGGAUAGCUCCUUCGACUCUGACUCUGAUGCCUUCUCCUCACCUUUCUGCCUCUCCCCCAUCAGUGCAGCCCUUGCGGAGGGGAACAGCUCCGCAUUCCUGGAGAGCGAGGGCAGCUCCCCCUCUAGCUCGGAUGCCAACCUGCGGUUCCCCGACAGCAACGGCCUCCUGCAGACACCUCGCUGGGAUGAGCCACAGCGGGGAUGCGCCCUGGAGCAGAUCUACGGUGUGUUCCGUGUGGACCUGGGCCACAUGCGUUCCCUGAGACUCUUCUUCAGUGACGAGGCUUGCACGAGUGGCCAGCUGGUGGUGGCCAGCAGGGAGAGCCAGUACAAGAUUUUCCACUUCCACCACGGCGGCCUGGACAAGCUCUCCGAGGUGUUCCAGCAAUGGAAGUUCUGCACAGAGACGCACCUCAGGGACCAGCAGGUCACAGAUGAGAGGACUUGCAUGCAGUUCUCUAUCCGACGGCCCAAGCUGCCAUCCUCUGAGACCCACCCGGAAGAGAGUCUGUACCGGAGGCUGGACGUGUCUGCCUGGCUCAACCACCUGAACGAUCUGGGCCAGGUGGAGGAGGAAUACAAGCUACGCCAGGCCAUUUUCUUUGGCGGCAUUGAUGUGUCGAUCCGGGGGGAGGUCUGGCCUUUCCUACUGCACUACUAUAGCCAUGAGUCCACGUCGGAGGAGCGUGAGGCGCUGCGGGAGCAGAAGCGAAAGGAAUACGCAGCGAUCCAGCAAAAAAGGCUCUCCAUGACUCCUGAGGAGCAGAGAGCCUUUUGGCGCAGUGUGCAGUUCACCGUGGACAAGGAUGUGGUUCGGACAGAUAGGAACAACCAGUUCUUCCGAGGGGAGGACAACCCGAAUGUGGAGAGCAUGAGGAGGAUCCUGCUGAACUAUGCUGUGUACAAUCCAGCCAUCGGCUACUCACAGGGCAUGUCAGACCUGGUGGCCCCCAUCCUGGCUGAGGUCUUGGAUGAAUCGGACACUUUCUGGUGCUUCGUGGGUUUGAUGCAGAAUACCAUCUUCGUUAGUUCUCCCCGUGAUGAGGACAUGGAGAGACAGCUGCUGUACCUGCGGGAGCUGCUGCGGCUGACACACCAGCGCUUCUACCAGCACCUGGUCUCGCUGGGCGAGGACGGCCUCCAGAUGCUGUUCUGCCAUCGCUGGCUCCUGCUCUGCUUCAAACGGGAGUUUCCUGAGGCCGAGGCCCUGCGCAUCUGGGAGGCCUGCUGGGCCCACUACCAGACGGACUACUUCCACCUGUUCAUCUGUGUGGCCAUCGUGGCCAUCUAUGGGGAUGACGUCAUCGAGCAACAGUUGGCCACAGACCAGAUGCUCCUGCACUUUGGGAACCUGGCCAUGCACAUGAACGGAGAGCUGGUGCUCAGGAAGGCCAGGAGUCUCCUGUACCAGUUCCGCCUUCUGCCACGGAUCCCCUGCAGCCUACAUGACCUGUGUAAGCUGUGUGGGACGGGCAUGUGGGACAGCGGGUACAUGCCAGCUGUGGAGUGUGCCGGCCACCACCCGGGCUCAGAGAACUGUCCCUAUGGGGGCACAAUGGAGAUGCCAUCACCUAAGCCCCCAAGAGAAGGCAAGAAAGGCCCGAAGGCACCGCGGGAGGCCUUUGGUUUCCGCAGAUAGGAAAGCCUCUGCUCUUGACAAGGAGCAAAAGGACCUCCCUGGGGUCCUGGACAAGUGGGAGGGGGUGGGGAUGGAUGUGAAGGGAACCGAAUCUAGAAAUACAAGGAAAGGCCUCUGGCCAAUGUGAAGAGAGCCUUGUCACCAUGACGACAAAAUCAGACUCUAGAAGUGACAGCAGAUAUCAGAUGCCCUGAGAAUUCAGCUCCUAAAAGGCUGGCCCCGGAUGUCUGCCUGCUGCAGGCUGCUGGCUGGGGGGGGGGGGGGGAGGACUCCAGCAGAGCCCAGAGUCUCUCCACGAGCUGUGGACAAAGCAGGAUCCAGAAAAGGCUUCAUCCUCACAUUGGCACUGGGGCACAGGUGAGCAGGACUGUCCUGAGUGAGUCAAGCGUAUUUCUGAAGCCUCUUGGUCACAGCUGCAAGACCCCUCUGAAGACACCUGUCCAAAAACAGAGAGGGAGAGAAAGAGGGAAGAGAGAGAGAGAGAGAGAGAGAGCGUGUGAGCAGAUGUUCAGACCUGAGCUUCCCACAGUGCCCAUAUGAGUGUUGGGAAGGACAUGCCUACCCCAGAGGCACAGGCUGGUUGACAAGUGUCAGACGUGCCUCCCACUGGGAUCCUCCCCUUAGGAUCUGAGGUUUGUCCUCUACCAAAAACAGCGACCCACUGGGGCCUGAAUGGGUUGAGGGGUGUGGUAUGUGCAACCGUGGGGUCCUCUGAAGAGAAAAUGCUUGGUCCUGGGAAGGUGAGAGUAUCUAAAUCUCCCACCAAGACAGAGGCACCUGAAAUGGCUAGGGAGGGGGCUUCUGUCCCUUGGCAUCUCGGCUGGCUGAGCAGCACUGGGAUGCUCUGCCUCUUACCAAGGAAAAGGUCACCCCCACACUCUGUCUUCCAAACCUGAGGACUGAGGUUGGUUAAUGGCGUGUUCUGGAGUAUCCUUAGCUGGUGUCCCAAAAGCUGGUCAAGGAAGGAGCCUUGAUCCCUCCGUCACGGGCUGAGUCCGUGUGGGGAUGCAGGCGGCAGGGGUGGGCAGAGGUACCCUGCUGUUGACUUUUCUCACUGAGAACGGCGCUGCAGGACGGUGCCAUGUUAAAAGGUGCUUAUCAGAACGUAAGCAGAGACCUCUUACAGCCGGCCGCUUCCCUUCCCAGCCCCCCCUUCUCUGGGAGCACUUCUGAGGACGUGGAUCCUUCUAGGAAGAGCCUUUGGGAGAAAGUGUCCUGAUUGUUGGGGUACAGGCAUAUCUACUGUCCAGCACCACAGUAUUCAUAUAUAGGACACAGCCUCCACGGCUAGAACCUGACUGGCACACAGGGCGAGCAUUGGGUCAGCAGUCUGGACUCGGUGGUUCUGGUAGAAUUGGGUAGAAUUGCUCACUCUCUUCUGGGCUCACCAUUUCUGAAGUCCCAGUGGGUACAUAAGGUGUAUGGGUGUGUGGCGGCACUGGCCUCUGGGUCUUGGGUCACCCCAUGACGGUAGAGGCAGAAAUGAGCAGUGUUUUUCUAAGUGCUGGUGGAUACCACACUGCUGACCGCCCGAGGGGCAGCAGAGCAGGUGGCCCGGCUGAACUCAGCAUCCAGGAGAGUGAACCCUUGGCUCUGGGGCUGCUCUGAGCAAUCAACGUAGCAGAGGCCUGGUGAUUCAGAGGGGUCCCAUCUGCCUACCGCUCCAGGAAAUCUAGAUACAGAUCACUCCCAAAGAGGAGGAGCCAGCUCCUCCCCUCCCCCUCCCAGGAUCACACAGCACCCCGUCUCCUGCACUCUGCUGUGUAGGGUGGGGACAGAGUGGGGGGGGAGCAGGCCCAGGGAGUCUCAGAGAGCAAGGAUCCUAGUGCUCCCCAAGACCUGACCCAGAACGGUCAGUGACGGCCUUGUACCAGGUAUCCCCCCCCCCAGUCCCGUGGACUAUCGGUCCCCCGUGUUACCUGCAGCGUGAGACCAUCUGGGGCCUCUGCAGCCAGACAUGGUGUGUGGGCUCACAGAGCCCUGCUCUGCUCUGAGGAGUGGAGAGGCCCUGCACACACAGAACAGCAACCUUAAUCUGGAUGCAAUUAGAGGAGACCAGCCAAAUACCCUGUGGCAGCUGUUACCCCAGGAUUAUUCCCAGCCAGCAAAAGGCAUUAGGGUGAUAAUUCAGUCAUUAGACUUCUAGCCUUCCCACCGCCAGGACAUACAAAUCACGGGUAAUCAGCCCGCACACCGUCUCUCGGCCACAAGGCUUAUUUAACCCAUUUUUUAAAAUGACACUUAAUGCUAUUGACCAAGCACGCCUGUGUGCGCAUGCCCUGCCGCUAAGGUCUGUGCUGACGACAUCCCCUAAUGUCAAUGGGGCUCUGGUAAAGAAGGGCAUCUUUGGGGUGCGUGCGCGCACGUGUGCGUGUACUAACACUGGUGAAACAUGCCUACCUCCACGUGGAGGGGACAGUGUUGAGGGAGGGGGCAGCAGCAAGAGGUUGGAGUAGAAUGUGUGCUCUCCUGCCUGGGCCAGUGUCCUCACUGGGCACAGAGAAGACGCUGCUUCCCCAGACAGCUCUGCCUCCAGGUGCCAGCCAGGAGGCCUGGCUCACCUCUGCAGACAGAGCUAUGUGGUUCGGGAACAGCUGGGGACAUGGAGGGAAACAGGCUAAAUUCAGGAGGGGAAGAUUUUGGUCUUGACUGAGUUUUUGCAACAAGUGGUGUGAAGCCCUUGAUGGACAGGAGGGCAGCAGCCCAGUGGAGGGUCACCCCGAACUGGUGCCUUUGAUGGCUCUGGGCAUGGAGAGGGUACGGCAAAAGGAAAUGGGGAGAACUGUAGGCUGCAUCUGGAGUCAGCUCCCGAGCGGUUCCUCUGACCUCUUCCCUGCCUUCGUGUUUUCUUGUGCUGAGAAAGCAGCGUGCGGAACUUGGAGCUCACACUCAUUCUAGGCGAGUGUGCUGCCACACUGGGCGACACACCUGACCCGUCUAUUUCGUGUUUGACAGAAUUAAUUCAGGCGGAGAUCAGCCCCUCACAGUUCCAAGAGUCUACCUGUGGCUUCCCCUCUGUGUGGGCUCCUUUCCAGUGUAGUCAGGCUGGGGUUGUGAGGGACACCCUGGGCUGGCCAGCCAGUGGGAAGGCCCCUGGCAGAGGUCUCUGGAGGUCACCCUGCCCAGGAGGGUGGGAAACUUAUACAGGGAUAUAGCCUGGGUUCAUGACGGGCCAGGGCCCACCCAGCUGGGCCACCGAGGAGGGAGGAGGACACAGGGAAGCUGGAUAGCCUGAGGCUAGACUUGCCAGAUCUCUGGAGUCCCUGAAGAGCCCAGCAGCCUCUGGACUUAGUCUUGUGUUUCUAAAAGGCUGUGAUGCAUUUUGUCCUGCACUAACCUGGUCUAGAAGGAACCACCCCAAACCUAAAGAAGCCAGUGUCCUCCAGAGCUUCUCUGGCAGAGAGUGAAGGGUUCCCCUAGCCACUUCUUCACCCAUAAAAGGAGAGCAAGGUUCUCCAUCAGGGAAACUGCUCUGGGAACUUGGAUGUAAAGGCUGCCACAAGAGCGGCAAACCAUGGCCCAGGGACCUCACCUGCCACUCAGGGAAGAGCCCACUGGCCUUAGCCUUCCGCAGCGGUGACCAGGAGGGGCUGUCCACUCCCAUCGAGUGCUCCCCCGGGCCUGGAAUCAGCAGACCCAUGCCUCUCCCACGUCACUGCCUCCUGUGUGUCCUCUGCAGAGGGCAAGCCUCUAUGCCACCCACACCUUCUGUGAAGAAAAGCGAGCCACAAAGCCACUCCGUCGGGCUUGGCCUGCGCCUGUGUGUGCGCAUGCGCACGUGCUCUUACGUGGCCAGCCUCGCCCACAGCGGGGAAGAUCCUUCCGUGAGGAUUCCGUGCUUCUUCAGCAGCUGCAUGCAGAUACCUGCCACCACCAGGCCUUUAAACACACUGCGUUCAGUUCCAGGUGGGAGGAUAGCACUUCCUGCUCUCAGAGGUCAAGUCACAUGACUGUCUUUCUUCCACACUUGGAGGAUAAGGAAGACAGCCUUUUGUGUGUCUUGUUUUUAAAGUAAUGAAAUAUCCCCAUUGCUGUUGUCUACAGCGAGUGAUUCGGUUUCUCUGUUGUGUUUUUUUUUUUUUUUUUGAACAGUCCCCUUCCGGUCAAGGUCAGGACUGGUUACCAUGACCCUUGUUAAUACUGACUCUCGGGGAUUCCACACAAAAUAAAUAAAAUAGUAUUGC